UGCGGCCUUUUCCUUUCCGGUUAUUUUUGUCUAAUCAGAUGUCUCUAUUUUAAUCCUGUCCAAUCGAAGACCGAAUAGUGAUACGGGAAGUGCAUUACAUUUUAAAGGGUCGUUUUAGGUUCCUUAUAUCUUGGGAAAAUCAAGCGAAUGUUUUCAAGGAUGUUUUAUUGUCUAUUGCCAUGGCUUGUUAGUCAAAAUAGGCUAAUAUUUUAGCUAGACGAACGAAAUAGCCUUCAAUUUCUAUGUCGUAUUGAAGACUUCCCGUUAAACCCCACCGAAGAAGAAGAAGAAGGUAGGGGUAGGGUUAGGUUUAGGUUUCUGAGUCAAGACGAAGUAGACGAAGUCUACGCCCCUUCGUCGGUGAUUGGUCAACAGCAGGGAUUCUUCAAUGAAGUGUUUGUUGUCAUUCAACGACAGAAUACUAUUUUUCAUGCACAUUUUUUCACUUGAGAAAUACUGGACCAAACGUCUUAGUGAAAUGUAAAACUAAGACCUCGUCGUCAAAAUUAAUGACAGAUUUAACUUUGAUUCUGACUAUUUUGACGAAGUGUUGCUAUAUUUUGUUGUGUACAGUGUCUCUAGAGGGACAAAUUGCCGUUUUUUGGGUCGGGUUUCAAGCUAAUGUAUUUUUAAGGGAGUAAACGAGGCACAGACGUUUGCUUCGGCUAGGAGCAAACCGAACCUUUUAGUUUGAUCUUACGUAUGUGCUGAGACUGUCCUUAGUGAAUAGCUCAUAUGUACAGUAAUCAAUGGAGCCUCAAGAUCUAACCAAAGUGGUGCUGCUGGCUUGUGGGUCUUUCAACCCCAUAACCAAUAUGCACCUGCGUAUGUUUGAACUGGCACGGGAUUUCCUGGAGGAUACAGGAAAGUACAUAGUUGUGAGGGGCAUCAUCUCUGCAGUGGGUGACGGCUAUAAGAAGAAGGGUCUGAUUGAGGCCUGUCACCGUGUAGAUAUGGCCAGGCUGGCCACAGACACCUCUGACUGGAUCAAGGUAGACGCAUGGGAGAGCCAGCAGCCUGAAUGGGUGGAGACAGCUAAAGUGAUGCGGCAUCAUUAUAAAGAACUGGUGACAGCGGAACAGAACAAUGACGAUGUGGACACUGCAAAGAAGAGGAGGAUUGAGGAGACAAAGCACGCUUUUGAGGAGCCAUCCUCUUAUCACACAAGGAGAGACGACGGCCCUCAGCUGAAGCUCCUGUGCGGCGCGGACGUCCUGGAGUCCUUCGGCGUUCCCAACCUGUGGAAGCACGAGGAUAUCGCAGAGAUCGUGGGCCGCUAUGGCCUGGUGUGCAUCACCCGCAACGGCUGUGACGCCCACAAGUUCAUCCACCAAUCGGAGGUGCUGUGGAAGCACCGCAAGAACAUCCACGUGGUCCGCGAGUGGGUGACCAACGAGAUCUCGGCCACGCACGUGCGCCGGGCCCUGCGCAGGGGCCAGACCGUCCGCUACUUACUGCCGGACCCGGUGGUGAGCUACAUCCGGGAGCACGGCCUGUACAGUGCCGAGAGUGAGCAGAAGAACGCUGACGUCAUCCUCGCCCCGCUUCAGAGACACACCGGCCCCUCCUCCAGCUGAGGUGGCCAGCCAUAUUGCCUGCUGCCGACCUGAAUGCCUUGAGACCAGUGGAGGCUGGUGGGAGGAGUUAUAGGAGUACUGGCUCAUUGUAAUGGCUGGAAUGGAAUUGAUGGAA